AUCGAGCAGGGCAUCGUGGACCGUUCGGAGACGGGCGUCUUGGAAAAGAAGGAAGGAGAGCAGGCCAAAGCGCUGUUUGAGAAGGUGAAGAAGUUCCGUAUCCACGUGGAGGAGGGCGACAUCGUUCACCGUCUUUACAUCCGUCAAAUCAUCAUCAAAGUCAUCCAGUUCCUCAUCAUCAUCUGCUACACCAUGUACUAUGUCCACCACAUCAAGUUCAGCGUGCCGUGCACCGUGGACAUCGAGCGGCUGACCGGUUAUCGCACGUACCACUGCGCCCAUCCUCUGGCCACGCUCUUUAAGAUCCUGGCCUGCUUCUACAUCAGCCUGGUGGUGGUUUACGGCCUCAUCUGCAUGUACACGCUGUACUGGAUCAUCAGCCGCUCGCUAAAGCGCUACUCCUUCGAGUCCAUCCGUGAGGAGAGCAGCUACAGCGACAUCCCCGACGUCAAGAACGACUUUGCCUUCAUGCUGCACAUGAUCGAUCAGUACGACCCGCUGUACUCAAAGCGCUUCGCCGUCUUCCUGUCGGAGGUCAGCGAGAACAAACUGCGACAGCUGAACCUGAAUAACGAAUGGACUCUGGAGAAACUCAGACAGAGGAUAACCAAAAACUCGCAGGAGAAGCUGGAGCUGCACCUCUUCAUGCUGAGCGGGAUCCCAGACACAGUGUUCGACCUGGUCGAGCUGGAGGUGCUGAAAUUGGAGCUGAUCCCUGAUGUUACGAUCCCACCAAUAAUCGCACAGCUGUGUAACCUGAGGGAGAUGUGGCUUUACCACACGCCGGCCAAAAUCGAGGCUCCUGCUCUGGCCUUCCUCCGUGAGAACCUCAAAUCACUACACAUAAAGUUCACAGACAUUAAGGAGAUCCCACUGUGGAUCUACAGCCUCAAGAACCUCAGCGAGCUUCAUCUGACCGGAAACCUCAGCGCGGAUAACAACCGAUUCAUCAUCAUCGACGGCCUGCGGGAGCUCAAGAGGCUCAAGGUCCUGCGGCUGAAGAGCAACCUCACUAAACUGCCUCAGGUGGUGACGGAUGUUGGCGUUCACUUGCAGAAGCUCUCCAUCAAUAACGAAGGCACCAAACUGAUGGUUCUGAACAGUCUGAAGAAGAUGGUGAACCUGACGGAGCUGGAGCUGGUGCGCUGUGAUCUAGAGCGGAUCCCGCACUCCAUAUUCAGCCUGCACAAUCUACAGGAGAUCGAUCUAAAGGACAACAACUUGAAGACCAUCGAGGAGAUCAUCAGCUUCCAGCAUCUCCACAGACUGGUGUGCCUCAAGCUCUGGUAUAACCAGAUCGCCUACAUCCCCAUCCAGAUCGGCACCCUCACCAACCUGGAGCGCCUCUACCUGAACAGGAACAAGAUCGAGAAGGUUCCUGCCCAGCUCUUCUUCUGCAGGAAGCUGCGUUACCUGGACCUCAGCCACAACAACCUGACCAGCAUCCCUGCAGACAUCGGCUUCCUGCAGAACCUGCAGUACUUUGCAGUGACAGCCAACAGAAUCGAGACGCUGCCACCCGAGUUGUUCCAGUGUAAGAAGCUGCGGACGCUGAAUCUGGGAAAUAACUGCCUUACGGUGCUUCCGUCACGUUUCGGAGAGUUAACCGGCCUAAUGCAGCUGGAGCUCCGCGGGAACCGGCUGGAGGGAUUACCGGUGGAGCUCUCCGAAUGUCGCCUUCUCAAGCGCUCCGGGCUGAUCGUAGAAGAGGAUCUCUUCAACACCCUGCCGCCGGAGGUCAAGGAGCAGCUGUGGAGAACCGAUAAAGAACAAGCCUGAGCGAGACAGAGGAACUCUUAAAGGCACAGUUCACCCAAAAAUGAACAUUUGCUGAAAAUGUACUCACCCUCAGGCCAU